AUGACAGAAGAGAGAGUUGAAGCUCCUAUAAUGCAGAACGAAAGCGAAGAAAAAUCUCCGAAGCCUGAAAUGAGUGAGAGCCCAAACGAGAGCACAAAUAAAGCCUCAAAAACGUCAGACAAAGAAAGUGACUCUUCUUCACCUCGCUCAGACGAUAAAAAAAGUUCGUCUUCAAUGUCUUCUGGAGAUGAAAACGAACUUAACACACAAAGAAAAGUACCAGUGUCCCAGAUCGUUCUUUCUGAUGAUGGAAAUGAAACUAAAGAAACUCCAAAGAAACCUCAAAAGACUCCAAGUCCAUUUCCUGAUAUUCCCGAUUCUGUCAUUCCAGAAACACUCGAUGACGUAUUGCCUUUCAAAGGCCUUUCAGAAAAAGCAAUCCAAAAUUUGUCGAAAUACAAUGACAAGUACGAAAAUGGGAAAACAACAUUACAAAGCUACAUAGAAAGAAUUAAUGAUAUGGAAGGAAACUUAUUUAUUCAAGAGAAAGUCAAAGUCCCUGAAGUCUCUGUUAAGAACUUUGCCGAUGAAGUCAAGAACUUAACGAAGUCGUACAUUUCUCUCAAUUUGAAGGGAAGAGGUGUCAUGUUCAUAUCAAAGAACUAUUAUAGAAUCCAUGCUUUGAGUUUGGCUGCUGUAGGUGCUGGGAUGUAUGUCAUUCACAUGAACCCCUCUACGCCGAUGGUUUCGUUGGUUGAAGCUGUCAAACAGUCUGGAGCAGCACAAAUUGUGUGUGAUUUGGACAAUAAAGAUUAUGUUGUUGAGUUGAUGAAAUACACAAAACUGCCAUGUCUACUUAUUAAUGGUGUUAUGAACGAUGGUUUUGUUAAUUACGACGAUUUCAAAAAAAUAGCAGACUCAGUCGAUGACGCAAAAUUAAAAGAAAUUUCAUCAACACAAAAACCUACUGACAUUGCCGAAAUUGUAUUCUCAGAAGGACCAAACGGGAUCAGAGGAGUUGUCUGGACACAUGGCAAUAUCAUCGCACAGUGCUGUGCACUCAAAUCAAUGUUUAACUUGACGAUGAAAGAUAAGUAUAUAAUGUGCCACAACAUGUCGUAUUAUGUUGAGAGAUUGUUUUCAUUGUAUUUACCAAUUAUGGUUGGGUACCAAGUAUAUGUAUCCACCGAUGUAUUGUAUCGUGAGAACUUGAAAUACUUCAUUGAAAUCGCUAAAAAAUUUAAACCAACGUUGGUUGUUGGAGUACCAAGAUUCUACGAGAAAAUUUUAAUGCGAUUGAAUGAAGUGUUAAAGAAGUCUAAACUUGCGGCCAAAGUGAAAGAUUUAGCGGUAGAUGGGAUGGUUAAACAAGAAGAAGGCAAAUCAAAGCCAGUUGGGUAUGGCACAUCACGCACUUUGGUCUUCAACAAAGGAAAAGAAAAGUUAGGUGUUGUUAAUGUGAAAUAUUUCAUAUGUGCUGGUAAUUUGGUUCAAAGUGUAUUAAAAGAAGUCAUGGGGAAAGGCAUUGAAGUCUUUUGUGGACUUCCUUUCAUAGAAACCACUGGAUUUAUCGCACUUAAUAGAGAAAAGUGUUUGCAAUUGGAGUCCGUUGGUAAAGUUAUUGAUAAAUGUGAAGUGUCGCUCAACGGUAGUGAAUUGGUUUGUAAAGGACCCACAAUAUCUGGUGGGUACACAACCGAAGACAUUGAAGAAGAAUUCAAAACAGGAUGCGAGGUGAAAAUAAAUAAUGGGUUCAUCGAAAUAACAACGUUCAGCAAAUCAGUAAUAUUAACAAGUUCAGGCGAGUUCAUUCCAUACAGAUACGUCGAAGAACUUGUAAAGCAAUUGGUAGUUGUCAAAAGUGCAUUGAUUGUAGGCAACGACCGACCACGUAUUGAAAGAGAAGUGUCCGACAGAGAAGAUGCUUGCAAGAGAUUCGUACUUCGGCACUUUCAUUCGUCAACGAAUUGA